AUGUCCAAAACAAUCACACACGUUAAGGAAAAUGAACUACAUCUGCAGCACCUGAUCAGAAAUCAAACAUCCAUUGUGGACUCAACCAUCAACAUUUUGAAGCAGGAUCAUAAAGCGGUCAAGAGGAAGUUCGACAUCAUUGAUCAACAAAAAACAUCAGGUAAUAAAGCCGAAUUAAUUAUUCGCUUAAAAGAAAUCCCUGAGGAGCGUCGUGGAAAUUUUCAAAAUUCGGCAGUUGACGCUGACGCUACGCAAGACGACAACGGAGACAAGGGGCAAGCCAGUGGAAUCAACGAAGGAGCGAGCAGUGCAGACAUCGUUAAUAAGUGUGGUGUAAUUUUACCGAAAAACGACGACGCAAAUAAUCAAACGAGUGCUGCAACUAAAGAAAAAGAGAGUCAUGCAAUAGCAAGUGAUGAAAAAGAGAGUGAUGCAAAUGAGUGGCGACUCUUAAAAUAUGAGUUAGAAUUGCUGAAGCGUGAAUGUGAACUACAAAAGAGAGAAAAUGAAAUGCUAAAGAAAGAAAAAGACCAGUUGAGAAAUGGUGGUGAUCAAGACAAAAAUAUUUCCAAUAAGCAAAAGUUAGCAGACGUUAAAGAACUUAUCUCCGAAUUUUCUGGUAGCGGCGAGUGCUUUAAGUUGUGGCAAACACAAUUGCAAAAUAUUCAAAGUGCUUAUAACCUUGACGACAACAACAUGAGAGCACUAAUUGCAAAAAAAGCAAGCAAGUUGAUGUUAAAGAGAAAGCUUGAAGCCAGACGGUGGUUGAUUUCUGAAUCGUUUGAAGAAUAUUUUCACGCAAAACUGAUUUUAGCAAAUAAAAUUCUAAUUGGAGAAGAUGAGUUGGUUGAGUAUUUAGUUGAAGGAAUACCAGACCACGGAUUACGUUCGCAAGCUAAAAUGCAACGAUUUCGCGACAAAUACGAGCUACUAGAAGCAUUCAGAACAAUUCAAUUGCCAAAAUUUUUAUCAAGAAAAAUCACAGCAGACACUCAACGUGAGCAGCCAAAUAGCGAGCAACAAGUAGCCAGAGCCAGCAGGUGCUACAACUGCAACUCAGUUGGACAUUUAGCAAAUGAGUGCCGCAAAUCCAAGCGAGAGUUGUGUGCUUGCCAUGUAUGUGCAGUAGUUGGGCAUUAUGCAGCAAAUUGUCCACAAAGGAAAAUCCGCCCUGUUCAUUAUGUCAGCGAUUUGAUGGAGGAUGACGAAUUUGUUCAUUAAUUGAUACGGGAAGUCCCAUUAGCCUUGUUCGCCAACAGUUCGUACCAGAUAUAUUAAUAAAUAAAAAAAACAAUGUGUUUUUAAAAUAUAGUAGCAUAAAUAAAAGCCCAUUAUCUAUUAUCGGAAAUGUAAA